AAAAAUAUUUUCUAGCUCAGUGUUUUGAAUACAAAUUAAUUUUACAUUUUGUUUUAUGAGAACUGUAUUAAAAGAUGUUGUUCAUUUCAGUUAAAAUAUAUCUUACAAGUAAAAUAUGGAGGAUGCUGAAAGCAAUGUGUCACAUGAUGAAAACCAACUGGAAAUAUUAUGUAAUAAUGUUCAAACUUGUUUGGAGUUUUUAGGUUCUACUACUCAAGAAAUUAUAGAGUUUAAUUUAUUACUCGGUAAAUAUGAACUCCCUACAACAUUACUGCUAAGGUUAUCAUUAGUUUGUUCCAAGCUGCAGCGAAAGAUGUCUGAUUUGACUACUCAAGUUGAUGAAUUAACUCGGUUAGUCAGAUUAUAUUCUGUUCCCUGGGAGAAGCAAAGUUUAUCAUUGAAAAAUAAACAAUACACAAGCAAACAGCACAGAUUAGAUAUUGCUUUAAAAAAGCUUGAAAUUUUAAGUGGCAGAAAUAAAAUGCUGGAAAGGCAAAGAGUUAUUAUGAACUGGGAAAAAAUGUUUUUGAAAGUAAAUAGUUCAAAACAUCCUAGUUUGGGCUGGCGACAAGUUGUGGAAGAAUACAGCACAAAACUGAAUGCUGGUGAAAGUGUGGCAUAUCUAUUCAGAAAUUUAGAUUCUUCAGCAGAAGAUGUAGGAAAAUUUCAAGAAUGCGCUGAAGUCGAGUUCAAGGAACAAUCCCAGCAGAAUGAUAGUCUACAUCGUAGCUCUCAGAUGACUGGUCUUGACGAUGCAAUUGAAAAUGAUGUCGAUUUAUUUUCGAAUCUAAGUGAAAGUGAAGAUGAAUUCUCAUUUAACUCGCAUCAAGAUUCACCUAGCGUUUCAGAUUGGAUAACUAAAAAUGAAUCUGGUAACAUCCCUAGUGAAGAGAAACCACCAAGUAAAAAUAGAGAAUUUGUCAAAGAAAAACAAACCUUUGUAUUGGAGUCAAAUUCUGCUAUCGAAAAAGAAAAUAUAGAAAUUUCACCCUCUAAUAUGGACAUUUCCGAAAUGAACAAAUCGUUUUUAAAGGGUUUUAACCCUAACGUUGAGAAAUCAGAUAAAGGUACAUCAACGGAGGAGAAUAAGUAUUGUUACUAUCUUCACGUGUUAUGUUUUAAACCGAAGCUUGAUAUUCAAAACCCGAGCGUAGUUGUUGCUAUUGGAGACCAAUUAAAGAAAGGUAUUCCAUUUGGAAUGAAUAGAUCUGAUGAAGAAGUAUCGCUGGAACUUUCUCCAGCAAAUGAGUCUUCUUCAUUUGACGAAGAAAACGAAACACAAGAAUUUUGUUUCGAUGUAAAGGAGGAAGAUGUUGAAAAUUUUGAAGGGUUCAAUGAGCUUGUGCUGAGAGUAGCUGUUCACGCUGGUUCAUCGAAAAACAUGAUAGCUUUUGGCUCAAAAAAAAUCGUGAAUCUAGAAGUGGCUAAACAUUAUAAGGAACAUGAUAACAAAAACAACGAGAACACGCAGAACAACGAGUUGCAGCUUGUUGCAGCUAUUGAAAAAGAUGAUUUUAAGUUUAAUCAUCUGUGCGGCUCCGUGCGGAUUAAAUGCUUUUUAACUCGUCGACAAAAGUUGAAUUGUGAAAACAAAAGCACGGAAACGCUUUCUUUGCAAGAAAUUGUCGAAGAAAUUCUUCAGGAGAAAGCUGCUGCGUAUCGACAACGUUGUAAAAGUGCAGGUGUUGACACGAUGGAAAAUAAUUCUAUCUUCUCUGAAGAGGGUGUUAAACAAGUCCGUGAGCGGUUAACACAAGAGCUGAGCAUACUCAAAAACGAAUACGAAGAGAAUAUUAAAACUAUUAUUUCAACUUACAACGUUGAAAAUCCAAAAGAUUAUUUCAACAUGGCCACGUCUUUGAAUUUUAUAUGGGAUAAAAAAAAUGAUAACAUUAGUCUCGAUAACAAAAAUGAAGAUAUUUCUGACAAAGAUCUAGGUAACAUAUGUAGAAAAACUCCGAAAAAGCAACAAAUUUCGAAAAAAUGGGGAGAAAAGCUUCCACGUGACUUUUUCACUCGUUUAAGUAUGUUUCAAGAGGCAAGCGAGAAAUAUCACACGGAGUUAAAAACCGAAACAAAAAGACAAAUGGACGAGAGAAUAACAAAACAACUUCAAGCAGAAAAAAAGUUAUGGAGACCUGGAGCUGAAAGUAUCUUUUCCACAGAUGUUUGUUUACCUUCUGUGUUCAUGCCAUUUAAAAGUAAUCGAGUGUCUACACCUAGUGCCAGGUCGUUUCUUAGUCAAUACAAAUCGAAUCGAUUUGCUCAACGUUCAGUUCAUUUACCUCGGUUGCUCAAACAAAGCAAUGAAAGAAACUUGCACGGACUUUGUGUGGAGUUGGAACACUCUCCUUCGUGAUGUUCAUAUGGAGUUUUCAGCUGUAGAUUUUUUUCGAUUUGUUUUUGUUGAGUCGUUGUUAUAUUUUUA